AUGGCCGAUAAUCAAUUAUAUUCGCCAUCGAACGAUUUUCAAUUUAAAGUGCGCUUAAUUAGGGAUACUAUAUUAAAUACCAACUUUGAGGAAUAUACAAGAUGCACGAGAGAAAAUGUUCGACAAGGCGUUCAAACGGAUUCCAAUCCAAGCGGAAUCAUCCAUUACUCAAAUGUGCAGCGUACUGUUACGGGGAAGUACGAGGAGCAGGAGACGCUCGACAUUGAGGCCCUCAACAAUACGAGAAGGGCCGACCGGCAGGUCUUAUUCUUCAAUCGCGUGCCGAAAGUCGGCUCGCAGACCUUCAUGGAGCUGCUGAGGAGGCUGUCGAUAAGGAAUGCUUUUUCAUUCAAUAGGGACCGCGUGCAGCGAGUCGAGACCAUACGUCUUGCGCCGAUCGAACAGCUUCAUCUCGCCAGGAUGGUCAGCAGCUAUUCAGAGCCCUCUGUCUACGUAAAGCACGUCUGCUUUACUAACUUCACAGAAUUCCAUCUGCCGGAGCCGAUUUACAUCAACGUGGUCCGCGAUCCUGUGGAGAGAGUCAUAUCCUGGUAUUAUUAUGUAAGAGCGCCGUGGUAUUACGUGGAGAGGAAGCAGAUCUUCCCAGAUCUGCCGCUACCCGAUCCCAAUUGGCUCAAGAAGGACUUCGAGUCGUGCGUUCUUAAGGGAGAUCGAGAGUGCAGAUAUCUAGAGGGCGAGGUCCACGAAGGUAUCGGCGAUCAUCGCAGGCAAACGCUCUUCUUCUGCGGACACAGCGAGAAAUGCACUCCUUUUAAUACUGUGGGUGCUCUGGAACGAGCCAAGCUGGCGGUAGAGAAGCACUAUGCGGUGGUUGGUGUCUUAGAGGACAUGAACACGACUCUCGCGGUGCUGGAAAACUACAUACCACGGUUUUUCCAGGGAGCUACCAAUGUUUAUUAUGAUCAAGUAAAUUCGUUUACAAGGAUCAACCGGAACUUCUUCAAACCGCCAGUUAGCGAGGAAGUGAAGAACCUGGUACGCAACAACUUUACUCGCGAGGUCGAAUUCUACCAGUUUUGCAAGCAACGACUUUACAGACAAUACAGAGCUCUCAAGUUGCCGCCCGACGUUCUGUGAUUGGCGAGCAAUAAUCUUUAAAAAGGAUAUCUUCCGUCCGCUGGUAUACGCGAGUGUACUUAUUAAAAGGUUGACGCGCAAAAAGUGUUAUGAAAAAGGAUAUAUCUCUCAAUAUAAGUGCAUUAAUUAGAAUGAUUUGCUAAAGUUUACAAAACAAAUAUGAUAUAUAGUUAGUUUCGAAGAAUUAUUAAUCUACGAGAACUUGAUUGGAUAUCGAAUGAUAAAGAAACAAUAUUUUAUUUGUAGAGAGAAAGAGACACUAUAAUAAUUUUCGGAUUAAUAUUUCGCGAAAAACACUGUGUUCUUUAUUAAUUUAUUGCGAUAUUAUCGAAAUCGCAAUUCCAAUAAUGGCUAUUCCGAGCCGAAAUGAAGAGCUUAUGACGUUAUCGAAGAUUUAAUUACAGUGACUAUUUCAUAAAGACAAAGAAGGAAAUAUACAUUUGUUCGAUUUGCUUGGCAAUCACUGUAUCAAUUUGUCUUUUGAAUUUUGAUGAGCUUACAGAAGGAGCAAAAUCUCAUGACAUUAUCAAAUUACGAAGAAAGAGAAAAAAGAGAAUUAAAUCUCUUUAUAAUCACUGUAAUGAUCCAGUACCAUUUCACAGGAUCUUGAGGAUAGAAAUCUAGCCCACUACGAAUUUUCUAGACUACUAUUCCAAAAUGAAAAGACAAAAAAGAAGACGAUUUAUUUUAUCGAAUAUAAUAAUACAAUCUGACGCAAUUUAAGAGAAUCUUGAUAGACUUAUGUUAAGCGAAGAUAGAACGUAGUCAUGUAAUCGAAAUGAAAUUAUUGAAAGAAGAUGAAAAAGAGUGGUGUUCAUUUAGCGUUGAAUGUUUGCAAAGUUCCACGGGAGAAGGAGGGAGGACUCUCGUUUUAUAUAAAGAUUACUGUGUGACGUGAAUGUGUGUGCAACGUGCAAUCCAGAAAUAGAAACGCUCUCAACGAGUGCCGUAUAGUCUCUGCGAUCGGACGUCAUGUUGCUAUUUUUUUUUAAUAGGAAUCACGCGCAAUUUAUACGCAUUUAUCAUUCUAGGCAUAUAUAUUUCACAGCGAUCGAAAUGUAGCGUUUUCGCGAUGAUUUCUCUUGGGUCGGUGAUGAAGGAACGACGCAAAGACUGAUAAAACCACGAUACCUUUAAUCGCGGAGUUACUUACGAUAACAGAGAGGAAUUAUGCAGGUUAAGCAGUUAUAGAGUAUUUGCGCUUUGUGAAGAGAAAAUGUAUAACACACGUUUGUACUUUCAUCGAUUAUUUGGAAUAAAACGCUGCCAUUUAAAAGAAAAAAGACGGAUCACCUUUCGAACACUCCUCUCGCGUUGUCUUUGUCGUCCAAGGAUUUGUUGUCAACUAUAUCUUUUAUCGUUGAAGCCGAUAUCGAGUCACACCUGUUCAUAGAUUAAACAUCAACUUUAAAAUCUACGAUCUCAUUGAUCAAUACUUUGGUAAACGUUAACUUGAUAUUUUUUCCGUGUCAAAAGAGUUUAUAUGUAUCAUUCGAAUGCGUACGUGCCAAAUCGCACUCCUCCAUCCGAUGAAAUAGUUCACACCACAAGUGCGGGAUUAUAUAUAUAGCGUUACUUUUAUUUCGAGAAUCUGUAAAACGAGGCUCGUGAACACGCAUCGCCCAAACCGUGACAUUUGUGCGCGCGUUUUAGAUGUUUACAUUUUCUAACUGGUAAGAGCCAAGAAACAUUGAUCACCAUUUAGUAUUCUGGCACACUGGAUAUAAAUUUUUCCAUUUCAAAUUAGACGACUCGUAAGUGAAAUUUAAUAAUGCAACAUGAAAAUGAAUCCAUAAUUUGUAAAGUCCAUUUUGGAGACAGUUUUAUAUUUAAAAAACAAGAGUUCAAAAAUAUCUCACUGUUUUACACUCUUCAAUUUAAUUUUAAUAUGGGGAUAAAAAUAUAAGAUGAAGAUAAGAAUAUAUAUAUAAGACACAUUUUUCUGAUCACAAAACAAAAAGAAAUUAUGAAUCGUUUCAUUUAUUAUUUUAAUAAUAUAUAGAACAAAAGUAUGAGUGUAUGUGUGUAUGUGUGUUACAGAAAUAUCAUAUAUGUAUAUGUUUGUAUACAUAUAUGUAUACAUGUUGUACUCCUUCCCUAUAUUCAGCCUUUUUUCGCGCAUAUAUCUAACUUCUAUUUUCAAUCAACGUUAUUUACGCACGCAUUCCCGCCUUAUAGCGAUACGCGUAUAAAUUGAUUCGAUUAGAAAAGAAAAAACGCUUAACUUAAUAAUUUCGUCUAACGAUACAGAUGAUUGUAACGAAUAAUGCGAACGUAACGUCGAGAGUUAUUCUAAUAAAAUUUCGCAAGACAUUUCAUUAAUUUUUCAAUCGUUCAAAGUUCUCUUACGAUAUAUACAACACACAGUACCAUAUUUAUAAAUAAACAUAUGUCACGCUAAUAAUAUGAACAUGUUGGUUUAAAGUCAGUUUUCGAGCUCAACUUUUAUCUAGAUCUAACUAUUCGAUGUUUCAUAAAGAUAAAAGAAUUAAUUCGGUAUUGCGUAACAAUAUGAAGUAUUGCAUGAUAAUUGAAAGCAAACUUGGUCUUGCGUUUUUGCAAUUGAACACCAUGUAUAUAUGUAUAUUCAGACUUGGUAUUUUUAUCUGCGAAUUUAUCAGCGCCCUUUGACAUUAAAAUAAUUACAUCUUUUUAUAUUCAAUUAUCAUCAAGUAAAUUUUACGAAAAACUUUCGUAAAUAUACGUUCGCAGGUCCAGUAUUUUAUUCUCGCAAACAUAUAAAGUCGAAUUGAUCAUUGAUAUGCAUUGUUUCGGACUGUUGCAUUAGAUUGACUUUGUAAUAGAAAUAGAAUUCGGUAACAGUUUUCAACAUUGCAAAAGAUUUGACGCAGAUUUCGACUUAUCCAUGUAUAUCUAUGUAUUUACAUAGAAAAAUAUACGCUAAUCGACGCUGUCUCGGACACAGAAAUAUUUACAGAGAAACACGAUCGAAUUUAUAGUCAUAUGAUUUAUAAUGAUCUAAUGAUUAGGCAAACGUUUAGGCACAUUUUCCAUCGAUCCAUACCUUCUUAUCAACAACACGAAUAUAUUAUUUAUCUGACGUAAAACUUUCUACAAAUUAAUUGAUAUUAAUUCUUAUUGAUUCAUAAAUAUUUCACCGGUAUGGAUGAGAGAGAGAGAGAGAGAGAUAGACGCAUGGACGGUACCGACAUAUACUAUAUCUCGUUGCAAGAUGAAAUCGCUAUUGAUAAUGUAAAAUGCGAUGUUCCGUAAACAUGUAGUUCGCGCAAAUUGUGUACAGAUCAUAAAUUUAUAAAAUGUAAAUUGUAAUAGAUAUCCCGAAAAGAUCAUAAUUUUUCUAGGCACAUAUUCUAUGACAAAUGUGUAGAAUCAAGUCUAUUUUACAGAGACCAAUUAAAAUUAAUUAAAAAAUAAUAUAUUUAUUAUUGUAUGUAUUCAAUUAUAUACUCUCGAGAUCUAUUUGGGGGGGGGGGGGGAGCUCUAACAGUCUUUAUUUUACAAUAUUAUACAAUUGUAACUGUAACUAUCGAUGUUUCACCGUUAUUUCCUUGUCUUCUAAUAUUCGCGACAUGUGAUAGGACUUUUAUCUUGAAAACCUACAAACGGUAUCCACAAAAGUGAUUUUCGUCGUAGAUGAGAAUGUUUAGAGAUCCCUUGAUCUCUCUUCUGUGUCCGAGACAGAAACGCCGUUAAAGUUACGAAAUCUUAAGGUAAGGUACAAGUAUAAACGGGGAGACCAAAAAAAUAGUUCGUUUCACAAAAAUUCCAGCGAAUCUUUCAAGCGUCCUUUCUUAUUCCCACUUUUAGGCUCGCGAUAAAAUGUAUUGUACUUAUAAAUUGCUUUAAUCAGACAUAUCAUUAUUGUAAAGGUGACUGUGUGCUUUUCAUGCACGCACGAUUUUCUUCCGCGUAUUUAUCGCGCAAAUUAAACAAAAAUCUUUAUCGAAAUGUCCACACCAUAAAAUAUGAUCUGAUAAAAUAUGGUGUUUCAAAUAUCCAGAUAACCAAAGUUGAAAGUAUUUUUUUUUUCUUCAUUGUCACGACGUUAUCAUUAAUGAUUCGUUACAGAACUACUAUUGUGAUGUAUUUCUAACAGAACUACAUUAAUUAAUGCGAUUACUUUGUAUGUAUAUUGAACAUAUCAUUAUGGAAGUACUUACAAGGAAACACGAUUGAUGAGUUUAUAGUCAUAUAAUUUAUAAUGAUCUAAUGAUUUAUAACGAUUAGGAAUAUUCCGACAUAAUAAACGACGUAAAAUAUGACAGCAAUAUCUCGCAGCGAGAACAAUAUUGGUCUGCAAUUUGGAAAGAGAAGGAAGAAACUAUACAAAUAUAUCAAAGAUAUUCAUCCUUUUACCUCCAAAUCGCAAAAGAAGAUUGCUUACUCGAGAGAGAAAGAGAGAGAGAGAUUUCGAGACAUAGAUAAAGUUCGAAUCAAAACAUAAACAAAAAAAACAAACGAUGACAACUACUCUCAUUCACGCAUCAUCGAUUUUUAUAGCCCGUUAAGAUUAAAAAGUAGAGGAAUAUAUAUAAAAGCCCCGUACAUAAAAUGAUCGAUGAGAUUAGUACACGCACUUAUUGCAACAUUCUCCAUUCUUUUCGAUAUACCUAGCGGAAACGGACUAUACGACAAGAUUAACUCGGUGGUCAAAAGAUACAAUUUCAAUCGUCGCUAUAUUAUUAAUUAAUUCUAUAAUUACUUAAUUAUUACUACCGGUUAUACUAGUAAUCAUUGCAUCUUGAUCAACGACAUAAAUUCUUGAUAACAAUCUUUAGGAAAAUAUUCUCGGUGUGAUUUCUCUCGCUAACAUUCUCGCAUUUACUGGAAGUUACAUGUGCGUCGUAUAUGCACAUCGCAAAUAUAAUUAGCGCUUUUCGAUAGUUUACUUCCGUGACGACGUACACUGAUCAUAUAUAACAGUACUCCUUUCAACAUACAUAUGAUAUAUAACAUCUUUACAUUGUUAUUAUAUUUAUAACGCACAUUAUACAUAUAGAGUAUGUGAUACGGUAAAAUUUGAGAUAUAAUAUUUCAAAUUUCAACUUUUUCUUACAGUUGUAAGGAAAUAUAUAUAUAUAUAUAAAAUUUUACUUUUAUUUUUGUAUUAAUUAAACUUUUUACUUUACGUAAAAUUAUCGUGACAAAUUCGUUGAUAAUUUAUUUCUUUUAUUUUUAUUGUGUGUAAACAGUUAAAAUUAGAAAUGUUUUUUUUUUGUGGAAAACAAUCAAUAAUACAUAUAGAUAACAUCAAAAGAUACAAAAAACAAUAUUAUUUAAAAAACGUGAAUAAAACUGCGUAAAAUACUAUCCAUUAGAUCUGCGGUAAAGAAAAAUUUUCCUAAUAAUUUCUAGCUGUGCAGUAAAUAAUAAGUGUCAUAUAUGGCAACCUUGUAACAAUCUUAUGAAAUUCUAUUGCUGCACGGAAUUCAACGGCCGAUGACUAAAAGAUUGUUAAAUUUGUUUUAUUAUCAAAUAUAUCUUACUUUACUCUAUCAACGCUUAUUUUUUACAGAAUAUUCCGUCAAGAAGCUAAUUUACACACACAUCCGACGCUGAAAAAUUCUACAAUAUUGUCUAGCGAUGAACCUAUUCGAUUGACCUAUUCGAUUUGUUUCACAUGUGUACAUCAUUAUGCGCGCCUCAAUAAUGAUGGUCUACGUGGCAUUCGAUAUUUAACUUUUAUAGUAUAAAUUAAUGUCACGAGAAAAAAAUGAUUUAUGGCAGCGUCAUUAAUCCCAAGAUUAAGUAUGCAGGAAAACAUGAUCGAGAAUUGAAGAAAAGAUAAGAUAAAAAUUUAUAAAAAGCAACAACAAAGCAGUUGUAUAAUCUGAUAUAUUACAAAAAUAUUUUAUAAUAUAAAAUUAUAUAAUAACAAAAUAAUUUUAUUGUUUCUAGAGUAUCAAAUCCUAAUUUUAUAUAGAUCGAAUAAUAUAUUAACAAUAGAAUACAAUAAAUCGAUAACAAAAAACCCAUAUCAUCGUACUCUUUAGAUAUGGCUGAAAGAUGCGACUUAUUUAUUAAAAUGUAAAGAAAAAGUACAUCUGAGAAGCAUAUAAUGAUAAUUCGAUAGAUGCUAAAAUAUUUAUGGAUAUUCCUGGUUGCAAAAAUAUGAUGUAGGACUGUAUAAAAAGUAGAAGUCAAUUGUGCACGCAAAAACGACAAUAUACAUAAUCCUUGAAUAUAAAAUUAAAAAAGAUCUCUAUCUCAGAGGAUUCGUACUUUAAAUAAAUUCUCACAAAAAAUCUUUCCAUCCGCACAAUCGACGCAUUUUCAAUGUACAAUAUAUUGUACAUAGAUUGCGUAAGGGAAGCAUCGUAUAACGAUAUGUACAAAGAUUAUAUCGUAAAACGCAACGAAUUCUAAUAAUGUAAUGUGAUGCAUUAAUGUUAUGCUGAGUAAAGUAAAAUUAGUCAAUGAAUGACACGCCUGCCACCAAUACUGACGCUACCUGUACACGUAUGCAUAUAAUAUAUAUACAAAAUAACAUUCACGCGUUUUUUUUUUUUU